ACGUUUUGUAGUCCGCCUCGUCUUGGUACGAUUCGAAUUCGUUCACGAUAAGUUUCAGCAACUUUUCGGCCGAGCCAGAACAUAACUCGAUACAUUCCGUGAAAGUACCUACGAUCGUAGGAAAUUUUAUAAUCGUGCCUUACAAGUCGUAAUCGAUCUUGGAAAAUUUGGUCCCAAUCGGUCCCGUUGUCCAUCGUGUGAACUUUUUACUCGUGGAAAUUUUCUACACCUCGCAUCGGUUCCUUGUCUCUUAUUUUUUUAUUUAUUUUUGCUCGUUCGAGUUAAUAGGGAUCGACGAAGUUUUACACCAGACUCUGGCCACAUCUUACCUCGGUAUUUUUCUAACAAAAUCUUGCCGGCGUCUCGCAAGGACUUAACUCUUUCGUCUAAUAAUGGAAUGCUAGUUUGAUUGUCGCUACGAAAGAUCCGUUCGGCGUCGUGUCUCGUUAUGUGAGAGUAAUAAUUAGGGUCGACGAUAGGCACUCCUUCCUGCUCGGUGAAAAUAAAAAAAAAAGAAAAAGACGAUUACGUAAACACGGAAUAUCGAAACAAAUGAAGUUAGACAUGUUUCCGUGAAAUCUUCAUGUGACAGCUGUAUAGAAAAUGUUAUUAAUCGUCGAAAUUUGUCAAGAAUCUCACCGAUCAAUAAAAUGAUAUCAACGUGCGACAAACAUACCACCGAUAUAAUCAGUCUGAAAAGGCCCACGUUAGUAUUCGUUGAUCGAAAGAUAGAUUAACCUCUUCAGGGACGAUUCUUUUCUUUUUUCUUUUUCUGGGUCUAUUUAUUAUUGACAGUAAAAAGAAACUAAACGUCCGCAUAUGUGGCCAAGGCACAGUGUGUCGCGUAAAUGGGAAUUCAGAACAAAAAUCAUAGCUUCUAAACUAGUAAAUUUUCGAAUUUCGUAUUCUUGAUUUCCGUCGUAUUUCUGGCAUCAUUUUCCACAAUAAAUUAGUAAUAGAUUUGUAAAAAUGAUGGAUAGUGUUAUAAUCUACGUUUCUUUAUUAACAUUUUGGGAUAUAAAAUAACAAUUCGACUUUAGUCCGUUGCUGGACACACUGCGCAGGAGCGUGAAGAGGUUAGUUCUAUUUUCGUUUUUCACGUAAGCUCAGAGGUUUGGAGAAGCUUUUCGAGUCGAUCCCUAAACCGGAAGGUGCGAUACCAAAUUUCGGUCUGCCAAAAUGGAAGGUGAUGCCGUUAGAAUCGAAGAUACCGAUGGUACCCGGGCCGGAAGGCGCUUACAAUUUCACGCGACGUAAAGUUGGGAAGGAAUUAUGGAUCCCCGCGAAGGACGCGGAAUUUAACUUGAGCGAUCCGUACUCGUACGAAAUGGAGCUGACGUACGAUUCCCUCCACGAUAGACACUUGGUCCCUUACUUCUCUAGGCCGAAUAAUAUCAAACAUUUGAUCAAAGCCGGACUUGUCACGAGGAGUUUAGACGCGAAGUGCUCGUUGCGCGAUUACAAUAUGUACAGAAAGUAUUUACGGAGACUGCACUGCGACAGUAUAAAAAAAGAGUUAAACAGAAGAUCGAAAUGGUCCACCGAGGAAAGGGCUAUUCAAUACGCCCAGGAACAGGCGGAAAAGGAAGUGAAAAGACUUACAGAGAGAGAAAAGUUAAUGAAAUUGAGGACGGCGAUCAUCAGGAGUCAAAAGAUUGCAGAGAAGCUCAAACUUCAAAGGCAGAAAGAGAAACAGGAAAAGAUAGAGGAAAGGUUGCACGCGUUGUUACUGAGGAAACAAGAAGCUCAGAACUUGCAACGAGUCGAGAGUAAGAAACGCGCCGAGCAAAUUCAACAGAAACAAAAAGCAGCAGCAGAUCGCGAACGGCACAAAAUAAUACAGACGCUGUUAGAAUGGAGACGAAAGGAACAGAUACGUAAGAGAACUAGGGAUACGCGACUGGCGCACGAACGGGAAGAGAAACGAAAAAUGGUGGAACAAAAGUGGGAGGAAAGGCAAGAAUUUCAGAGAGGACAGAUCGAGAAAGAGCAGUUUUUGCUGCAAUGUAUAGAGGAUCGACGUAAAGACUUCAUAGAAGCGUAUAAUAAUAAAGUAAAUAGGGAAGCAAAGAGAAUGGAAAAACUCUUACAAGACGUGAAAAUGUUCCUAAGGUGUUAUUUGGCUAGGCGGUACGCGGGUAGGGAACGAAUUUGCUGUAAGAAAGAUUUUGACGAUGACGACGAUAUGGUAUUCUAUCUGAACAUUCGAUGCACAAGUAUUUUUUAAUAAAAAUCCAUUUAAUUGAUUGAAAUUAAUGCCGUGAAUCGUGUAGGAUCCAAUAUCAUUUGUGAAACCUGAUAAAAAAGGUCGUGCGUCUAAGCUUAGGCAUACUUAUACGAGUCCAAUCAAACAUGAUAAAGAUAAGGAUAAAAGAGCUUCUAAAGUGUUUCAACAAGAUGAUAAAGUAUGUAAUCAAAUAUAGAUAACUUGAUAGGAAUUUCAUCCUUUGGAGCAGUGUUUUCCAAACCACAGGGCAUUGUUCCAUGGGGGAGGGGAUGCCUUCUAAAAUGUUUGGAAAUCAUUGCUUCAAAAAAUGCACUGAUCUAACAAGAAAAUAUCACAGAGAAAGAAAAGAAAACUAAAAGCGAGUAAGGGUACAAAAACUAAAGCAAAGAAGGUAGCAAACGAAGUAGAAGGAGAAAUAAAAAUAAAAGAUCUUAGGGUAAAGAAAAAGAAACGAUUUGCUGUUGGCAAAGGUGGUAAAAGAAAAAGGGCGGGCAGAAGGAGAAGAAGACGGUUGAAGAAGAAAUUGGAGGAAGAAGAGAAAUCUGAAUUUGAAGGACUAGGAGAAUCUAUGUCUACCAUGAAAACAGAAACCUCCGAUGUGACAAGAUCUUCUACACCUACAGAAAAGUGCAGAUGUCAAGUAAUUAAAGACACCAUGAAGGCUACUACAACAUAACAUCAUCGAACAAUGCAAAAACCCUCUUAAUAGCAGCACACAACGCAAAAUAUCCAGUUUGGCCGUCUACAGUCCACUUGGAGGAAUCCUUCUUACUCCAAAAUGAGUAAUUUAAUGUGUCUAAAACAAAUAUCCAAUCAACAGCUUUUGGAUCGUCCGG